AUGGAUAGCCCGGCGAGAACACCUCCGCCAAUGAGGACGUCAUCCUCUCGCCGUCAUGCAACAUCAAUUAAUAGCGUUGCUGAAGCCGAUGAUUUGGUCUUUGCUCGUUUCCAGGGAGGUGCCAGAAUAACAAAGGUCCGGCAUUCGCACGCUGACAAUCGAGAAUUGAAUCGUAAGGACUCGGCAGGGAGCGGUAAACGAGCAACCAGGCAUGCUUCUAAUGAAGCUGGACCGCCGUCUCCGACCCAAAUCAAUGCUGUUGCUGAAAAGAUGGGUGCAAUACUAGAAAGCCACGCUGUUCAUUUGUUAGAGGAGUACUGUGUCAGAGAUUUCGGAUAUUUCGUGUCCGCUCUCGAUCUCGAUGUCUCCCGAAUUCUAGUUUCGUCGCGAAAAUUUGUACAAAAUUUCCCAAAUGCACUCACACGACUUCAUUCUCAAUUUGCUUGGCCAUAUCCAGUUGCCAGUAAAAAAGUAGUUGAUCAGUUAGAGAAAAGGUUUGGCUCGAUGAAAUGUAGCCAAAGUGCGGCUUGCCUUAAUGGGGCGUCUUCAGGCAGAAGUGAAAAAGCAUCAUGCUUUCAGCCCAUUCCGUUCCUGUUACUCCUCAAGAAAAAAGACCUAGAUAUAAGAAUAGGAAGUAGUUUUCCUCCAGUGACUCACAUGUCUCACUAG